CUUAGCGAGAAGACCGAGCGUUAGUAGUGCGAGCGAAAGUGUGCUAGUGUAUUCGACCUCCCAGCCAGUCCUUGAAGUGCGGAAUACUACCGAAAAUGGUCUACGAUAGCGAUUUCUACACCACCCGUCGGGUCGGUUCCAGCUACACCCGUCCGACUAUUUCGUCCUACACAGUGACGACUCCGCUGCGAUACUCCGGAAUCCCUCGAUACGAUACAUUCACCACUACUACCACAACGUAUCGCAACCCAAUGCCAUAUAUUGCCCAUAAGCGCAUUGUUCCAGUGUCACGUAUUUCCACCACGCCGUCCAGGGUAAUAGUUUCACCGGUGCGAGUGUUUGGCUCACCCGUCCGCGUUCUGGGAUCGCCGGUUCGGGUUUUCGGUUCACCGGUUCGCGUCAUCAGCUCACCCGUGCGAACCGUGGUCCGAGCCGUUCGAUCGCCAGUUCGUGUAAUUUCUUCGCCGGCAAGGAUCGUUGCAAUUCGCUCGUCCUACUUGCGACCGUCGAUCGUCAACAAAGAAUUCGAUCGUAUCGAACGUAAAUAUCGUGCCAGUCCCGUAAGUAGCGCCCUCGAGCAGUAUUACAACUCGCCCUCAUACUUGGAAUUCGACGACGAGAAACGGGAGAUUCGCAACUCAGCUGCUCUAUUGCUGCGCCAGUUGAACGAUCCAGUGCCACGGCUGAUGCCUCCACCGGUACAGACCGCGAUCCCGGUCUCCGAACCAAACCUCAAAAAAUGGGUAUACGAUCCAUUCAGCCAGCACAACAAGUACAACAGUGACACUUACGUCAAGAGUACCAUCACCGAUCCGCUACGCAGUGUUGCCAGAGACAUCGAAGCCAUGUCCAGAUACCAUUCGCCAGCCUCCCGCUAUGUCGAGUACGUCCUGUUAGACGACAUACUGUGGCGUUACACUUAUUACGUCGAUGACAACGGCAAAAAUCACUUGGCCAGUACGCGCAUAAUCGGAUCAAAGGCGUACCCGAAGACCAAGCCACGAAUUUAUAACUAUGACACAGCCCGGGUCGGCAGAGACGUCAAUGUCAUGUCCCACUAUAGUUCGAACCGCAGUCAGGCCAAAGCCGAUGUUGAGGAAGUGAGAUUAAAUCCAGCCCGGCCUACGCGUAAGUUCAACAACCCGAAACUGUACGACGAUCCGACCGAUCCGAAGCUGCAGGACAAGCAGAGCAAAAUUGACCGGGUGGCUGAGCUGAACAAGGUACGCUACGAACCGGUCAACCUUGAACGGGAACGGGUCAAAGGACUUGAAGAAGCCAAAAAGAAGGAGGAAGAAUCCAUCGAGCGGGAACAAAAACGUCAGGAGGAGAAAGCAAUCCAGGAAGAGAAGGCACGCCUGGACGCGGAAGAAGCCGAGCGGAAACGUCUGGAGGAGGAGAAACUAGCUGAGGAAGCUCGGCUGGCCGAGGAGAGACGAUUGGCCGAGGAAGCGCGGUUAGCCGAAGAAGCACGACAGGCGGAGGAGAAGAAAAAGAAAGCAGCCGAGAAGAAGCGAAAGCAGCAGGAGGAAGAGAAGAAACGACAGCAGGAGCAGGAGGAGGAGCGUAAACGAUUGGAAGAGGAAGAACGCAAGCGAAAGGCCGAAGAGGAGAAGAAACGAUUGGAGGAAGAAGAGCGAAAACGUAAGGAAGAAGAGGAAAAGAAGCGCGCUGAGGAAGAAGAACGUAAACGCAAGGAAGAAGAGGAAAAGAAGCGCUUGGAAGAAGAGCGGCUGGCAGAGGAAGCCCGGCUUGCCGAAGAAGCUCGACUUGCCGAAGAAGCAGCCCAGGCCGAGGAGAAAAAACGUAAGGAGGAAGAGGAGACUCGAAUCACCGAGGCGCAAAAGAUUCGCGAGGAUGAGCUCUCACGGUUGAACGAGCUGGAAAAGCAAGCCAUUGAGGAGGACAACGAAGAGCUGGCUCGAGAAAUUGCAGAACUGAAGGCUAUUGCACAGUCAGAUGAGGAGCUAUUGAAGCGGCAGGCUGCAAAGUUGGAAGACGCACCUGUUGCCGAGGAGGUUCCUUCGGCUGAGGGUGAGGCUGCACCGGUAGCAGAGGAAGUAUUGCCCGAAGCGGCUGUAAGUGCAGAAACCGCACCAGCUGCGGAUGCGGUCGAAGAGAGCAAGACUGAGGAAAGUCCCGCUCCUGAACAGUAG